CAGUGGACGGAAGCGCAGUGUGAUCGCAGAGCAGAUUGUGUCUUCAAGUGGAAAACAAGAAGACUUCUACGUACCGUUGUGCUUUGUGAGACGCAAUCUCUCCCUUAUUAAAUCUGCCCUUGAAUUGUCUUCAUAUCUUUUAAGAGGCUACAGUGGAGGUGUGAGGAAUCUGAUCAGAGAAACUGAGAUUUUUGAAGGUGAAGUUCUUGAAUGCCCAAGACAAAGACAACACCGUUUUCACCAUGAACAGGAAUAAACGUGAGAAAGAAUAUUACAGCAUAGAUGUAGGAGAUUCAACUUUCACUGUUUUGAAACGGUAUCAGAAUUUAAGACCCAUUGGAUCUGGAGCACAAGGCAUCGUUUGCUCCGCUUAUGACCACGUCCUUGAACGAAAUGUUGCAAUUAAAAAACUCAGCCGACCCUUUCAGAACCAAACCCAUGCCAAACGGGCUUACAGAGAACUGGUUCUUAUGAAAUGUGUCAACCACAAAAAUAUAAUUGGCUUACUAAAUGUGUUCACACCACAGAAGACACUUGAAGAAUUCCAGGAUGUUUAUCUUGUGAUGGAGUUGAUGGAUGCUAACCUGUGCCAGGUGAUUCAAAUGGAGCUGGACCAUGAGAGACUCUCCUACCUGCUUUAUCAGAUGCUCUGCGGCAUCAAACACCUACAUGCUGCCGGAAUCAUACACAGGGAUCUGAAGCCCAGCAACAUAGUAGUAAAAUCUGACUGUACGCUGAAGAUUCUUGACUUCGGUCUGGCCCGGACGGCUGCUACCGGCCUCCUCAUGACCCCUUACGUAGUGACACGCUACUAUCGUGCACCUGAGGUCAUACUCGGCAUGGGUUACCAAGCCAACGUUGAUGUCUGGUCUAUUGGCUGCAUCAUGGCUGAAAUGGUCAGAGGUAGUGUGUUGUUUCCUGGCACAGACCAUAUUGACCAGUGGAAUAAGGUAAUCGAGCAGCUGGGCACACCAUCUCAGGAGUUUAUGAUGAAACUGAACCAGUCUGUGAGGACUUACGUGGAAAACAGGCCCCGCUAUGCUGGCUACAGCUUUGAGAAGCUCUUCCCAGACGUGCUGUUCCCUGCAGACUCUGAACACAACAAACUAAAAGCGAGCCAGGCGCGAGACUUGUUAUCCAAAAUGCUGGUAAUAGAUGCAUCGAAACGAAUCUCAGUGGAUGAGGCCCUCCAGCACCCCUACAUCAACGUGUGGUACGAUCCAUCAGAAGUUGAAGCGCCUCCACCGGCUAUAACGGAUAAACAGCUUGAUGAGAGAGAACACACAGUUGAAGAGUGGAAAGAGCUCAUAUAUAAAGAAGUGCUGGACUUGGAGGAGCGGACGAAAAACGGGGUGAUCCGAGGACAGCCGGCCUCACUAGCACAGGUUCAGCAGUGAGCAUUGACUCUCAGGAGCCCUCGACGUCGACCUCCUCCAUAAAUGAGGUCUUGUCCAUGUCCACCGACCCCACCCUGGCCUCGGAUACAGACAGCAGUCAGGAGACCUCCACAGGACCACUGGGCUGCUGCAGAUGACUAUCCUCGUUCCUCCAGUCCCUGCCUGUCUUCACUGGCACAGCGUUCACGCCAGUUUGGAAACAUGUCCUCCUUUCUUUUUCAAACUGACAAAUUCUUUUGAAUUGACAAAAAUACGAGGGGAGGUAAGAGUUUUUGAGGGCACCUUAAAAGCUUUUACACCAAACCAGCAUUACCCUGAUUACUUUAAUUUUAUUCUUAAUUUGACAUCAGAUUGAAGCUACGUCAUUUUGUCAUUUGAAUUUGGAAUGGUUUGAGUUUAUUUGUAAAGAUAAAGGGUAAUUAUGUUUUUCAAGAUUCAGGUUUUAUUUUUUGGGUUUGCAGAGAGCCUAUGUUAAUCCUUAAUUAGUGGAGGUUCAGUAAAUGGAACAUCCAUUUCCUGGCUAAAUGUCAGCAAUGAGUAUUUCCACAUUGUUACUACUUUUUCGGAGUCAGUGGUGUAUAAAAUUAAUCAGAUCGCAGUUUGUUCAGCUGCAGUUUUAGCGACACUUUGUUUUGGUCUAAGAAGCAAAGAUUGUUUUAAUAUGAACUUUACAUAAAAACAAUUAGUUCACUUUUAAAAAACAAUAGUUUAUUUGGUUGUCUUAAAAGAAAAAAAUGUGCUUUUAGGGUCUACUCUUUUCUUUUUUUUAUUUCUAAUUUAAGUACACAAGAUGUACUUCACAUAGUAUUCUCUAUGUAAAAAAACACAUUUUUUUCUAUUAUGUAAUGUAGUCUGUACAUAUUUCAACCUAUAACAAAGAAAACAGAAACUCAGAGCUUUCUUUUAUGCUUUCAUUCAGCGUAUAGCCCAGUACAGGAAUAAAACACAAUUUAUCUUCUUAUAAAGCUCUUGUUUUGAACCAUUCAGUAUAUGAUAUGAAACUGAAAAUGGGUAUUUGACUUGUAGCAACAUGUGAAGCAACAGGGUCCAUGCGUAUAAAUUUACAGUACUCGUGUUUGAUUUGCAACCAGUAGCCCUGUAUCUGUUAGCUCAUGUUAUGAGAAACAAAAACCGCUCCCAAUGGUGAUUUGAUUAAUGUGAUUUAGUAUACAGUGAUCAUGGUAAAUGGAUGGAGACAUAGUCUGUGGGUUCACAAUGGAUCCCCAAGGAACCACUUCUUUUUAAUAGACUAGUGUUUUAUGAACAUGGCUGUCUAGAUUUCAUAAAGUUGGCCCCUUCAAUUUCCACUCUAAUGUUUGGGGGGGAAAUCACAUAUUUCAAAUGUUAUGCAUUUGGCAAAUGUAAUGUUUGGAAUGUAAUUAUGUUUACAAUAAUUAAUGUAGUGCAAACGCUUCUACUACUGUACACUGUAUGUAAAGAAUACAAAAAAACCCUUCUGACCUAACAUUUAUGCUAAAUUUAGAAAUGGUUUAAUACCUAGAAAUGUUUAUUUUGCUUGUAAAAUGGAUAAAGUGCCUGAGUCCAGCAUUCAUUCCUGAAUUCGAAAGAUGAAGAAAUUUGGGUGAGGUUUUCCAAAGUAAUACAGUUCAUAUCAUGUGGAGUGUCUAUUUUUCUAUUGUAGUGGUAUGUUGUAGAUUGAAAGGUUAAGGCAUGUUGAGAAGAUGAUAUAACUUAAUCAUGACACAUGUGAUCUGUUCAUUUGUAAAGGGAAGUUUCUUCAAGCAAGGUCUUUCAUCAAAGUAAUAGAAAAUUGGAAAUUGGCUAUUUUCGGUAUGUGUAUAUGGUUUGCAGCUUUAUUUUGUUGACGGAAAUAUGCAAGAUGUUGCGACAAAUGCUGUCGGGGGACUACAUUUCCCAUGAGGCAAUGCUAUAGAAUGUAAAUGCAUAUGUGUGGUGAUAGUUGGGGGAUGUAGGAAAAGUGAAGGUUAAUGUUUGCAUAAUGAUUGGCCUACAUAUUCUGUAUUUUAUUUGAGUUGCAUCACAGACAUUGAUUUUUUAACUUGACAAGUUUUUAUUCUUUAAAUUUUAAGUGCUCUUAUUUUUCUUUGCUUUCUUUAGGGAAGUUAACGAAUUUUAAGUUUAGGUUUUUUGUUGCAUUUGCUUUUAUCUCAUCUCUCAAAAAUGUUAUAAUUAAGAUCAAAGUAGGCUUUGAUGAACUACCUCACUCUAAAUUUCUACCAAUUUGUUUUCUUUUGCAAUGUAGCUGCCCAUACGAUAGAUGUUAAUACAGAUUUCAUUAUUUAUUUAUUUUGAAAGUGAACUAUUGUCAAUAGUAGGCAACAAAUAAUUUUGUACAUUAUGUAUACUUCACCAAGAAGUAAAAGAACUGAAAUGUAAAUUGAUCUUUUUGUUCAUUUAAUUUUCUUUGUAUUAAUUUUUUACAGUUCAUGUGCAAUACCCACUGCUGUCAAGCUAAUUGUAAUCGAUAGAUCUAGACAUGUUAGUUUUAUGCACCUAGAGGUAGAGGUAUGUUUGGUACUGUCAGUUAAAAUCCAUGUUUUUUGUCUUUUUAAAUCUGGAUUUAAAAAAAAAAAAAUUAUGAUAGUCAUGAUGUUACAAACCUGACUUACCAAAAACUAAAAAUCAAUGGCUGACAAAGGUCUUAGGAAGGUGUUGAUAAAUGGCCAUUGGAUUUUGAUCAACCUGGUAAGGCCUAUUCAAAAGCAUCUGUAAAAUAUAUUGAAUUGUCAACUUGUUCAUAUUUGGUGCAGGUAUGUAAUAUUUGCUAGCAAUGCCAGCCCUACAGUUAGUUGUAAAUUUCUAGCUCUGUGUGCACUGAACAGCAUACAGAUAAUGAGAAGUGCACUACUACACUGAAUGCAUUGGGAUCUUAUGAUACCAACGUGUAUAUGUACUGCAAAUAAACACUUCAGUUUGAAUCAGAA